AUUAUAUAUAUAUAUAUAUUAUAUAUAUAUUGUAUAUACAUAAUAUAUACAUAUAUAGAAGUACGUAUAGAAUCAUUGAACGGUCGCCCUCUUGCGGUCGUUUUUUUCAGGAAGGGAGCAUCUAUAGAUGCCAUCCCUUUUCCGGCUCCCCCUCUCCACGUCACGGAGAGAAGAACGGAGGACGACAAAUUUGAUCACGUCGGGAUGCGAAGUGGAAGAAGUGGAAUGCUUUUCGUGGCUUUUGUCCGAAUUAUAAAUUUUAUUCUCAUAGAUUUAUCUUAAACGCGUUCAAAUAAUUAUUUUAUCGAUAUUAGUUUUUCGUUUUUAUUUACGAUUACUAUAUCCUAUCGCAUCCCACAAUUAUUUGUUUAAGUUAGAUUUUGUUACGCGUAACAGAGGUACAUAAACGGGAAAAUCCAAAAGGAACAAUGGUCGUUUCAUGUGCCACGUAAACAGGAAUGACGUGGCAUGAUAAGUAUCGCGCCAUUUUCUUUUCUAUUUAUUUAAUAAAAUAGAUUAAAAAAUAUACAAAGAGAUAUAGUGAAAAUAUCUUAUCAAAUUUAAGUGAGAUAACAAUACGAAAAUAUUCUAGGAAGAUAUAUAGAUAGAUAUAUGUACAGUCAUUAAGGUUUAUCUUUCUUUCUGUGUGAAAGAGAAAGAGAGAAGAGAUAAAGAAGCGUCUGGUGAAACGAGGCCCGUUCUAAAAGCAGAUUUAUAAAUUCGGGCUGGGAAAGAGGCUAAGAAUUUUUCUUUUUUUUUUUUUUUUAUUCUAAAAAUUUAGAAUAUUUUUAUUCGUGGGAAAUAUGCUCGCGCUCGCAUGAAUAGACUGAAAGAAUAGAGGGAGAUAGAGGCACAGAUAGAGAAAGGGAGAGAAAGAGAAAACUAGAGAAAGAGAGGGAGGAAGAGAGAAAGCGAGAUAGAGAAAGAUAGAAACUAACAAUCGGGACUUCCUUUGAGUUUGUUUGCCCAUUAUUAAGUUAUUUUCAAAGUCUCAAAUGAUCAUACACAGGCACGCGAAUCCACGAACAAAGAUCCGUCGUGUGUGGUCGCGCUUAUCGAUCGAAUGAUCAACUUCGGGCCACAGUGGUAAAUCGUAUGUUACAAAACACGAUCGAUCGGAACAAAACAAUGGCAUUAGAGAGUGUUUCCGUGGCCGAGACUCUAAUCCAAAGAGUUAUGAAGGAAAGAUCAUAAUGAUGAUGAUGAUGAUGAUGAUUAUGAUGAUGAAAAAUCAUGACGAUGAUUAUGAAUGUUUAUAUAAUGAUGUUAAAAGGGACUAUGUUGCGGUGAGUAAUAAUGAUAAUGACUUGGAAGAUGGAGAAAUUCCUUCCGAUGAAGAUGACGAACCAGUUACUUCUGCACAAACUGAAAUAGUUGAACCUGCUAAGUCAUCUUCUAAACAAGAUGCAUCUAAGAAUAAAAAUUUUGAUUCUAAGUUUAAUAAAAACAAAAAGACAACUAUUCAAGGAUCAAAUACUAAACAUGAACGAUACUCAAAGUAUAAAAAUCCAUCAGAUGAUUGGGCAGGUGAUGUGGAGAAAGCUAUUAGAGCAGCUCUUGAGGAAGAUGGGGGUAGAAAUUCAGAUUCAAAAUCGAGGAGUAAAACUAGUAGGAAUAAAAGCAGGAAAAGAGCUCGUGAUGAGAGAGAUGAAGAUCGUUCAAAAGAUCAAAAGAAACGGAAAUUAAGUGAUGAUGAGAAUGGUAAUGAAGAUGAUGAUGAAAUGGUUUUUGUACGUGGUGCUUCUCCUAUUAGAAAGGAUUCUCAAGAUAAUAGCUCUCCCAGACAUACUAAUGAUCAUGAAAAUUUUGAUAGUAAUUCUGAUUAUGAAGAAAGGCCCAGUAUAACCCGACAUAGAGAAAAUGAGAAUAAGCAGCGUGGUGAGCGUGGUGGUAAUGGAAGAGGAGGGGGAGGAGGAGGAGGAGGAGGAGGAGGAGGAGGAGGUCGCAGAGGUGGAAAGAAUGAACGUGGUGGAAAAAAUAAAGGCCGUGGACAAUUGAGAAAUGAACGAAAUGGCCGAAGAAUUCAAAGUAAUGAACAUGGACAAGAUCCAGAAUCCAUAUGUUUGUAUUACAUGCAAGGAAAAUGUCAUAGAGGAGAUGAUUGUCCUUUUUCUCAUAAUGCUUUACCUCCCAGAAAGAUGGAACUUUGCAAGUUUUAUCUUAUGGACUGUUGUGCUAAAAGGGACAAAUGUCUUUAUAUGCACCAUGAUUUUCCAUGUAAGUUCUUCCAUACUGGCAUGAAUUGUCUUCAGGGUGAUAAUUGUAAAUUUUCACAUCAACCUUUAAAUGAGCAGGUAAAAGCGAUUCUCUUAAAACAUCUUGAAACUGCACCAAAAGAAAUUCUUGGGGACUUUCCACGUAUGAGUAGAGAAAAAGCAUCGUCAUUGAUAAAUAAUACAGCUCUAACAUUUUCUCAAGGACAAGAUACAACGAAUCCAAAAAUUCCCAGUUUAUUCGAAUUGAAUGUACCUGCACCAAUAAUUACUUUAGACAAAAAUGAAAACAAGGAUGAAAAAAAGGAAACAUCCAAUCAACAGAAAAGCACUGUUAGGGAAAGGAAACCUUCUGGAAAGAAGACACGUUGGGGAUCAGAUGAAGAUAGAGUACCAUAUGAACAAAUUAUGUUAUUACAAUCAGCUAAUGAUCUAGGUAUUCAACUGCCUAAUGCUGCUUUAGGUUUAGCAACUCAACAACAAUUGCAACAAAAUCAAAUAUUGCAACCAUCUGUUCCAAGCAUGGAUUUUUACACUGAAACUAAUGCAGAUUCUAAUAAAACAACUGUAAAUAAAUUGAAAGAUAAAGAAGAUUUUACAAAAGAUGUAGAAGAAGAUGAAAUUUUAGCGCAGGCAAAGAAAAAAACUACAUCCUCUAAUGAUAAUAAUUCAAAGGAUAUAGAUUUGAGGGUGUUAAGAUCUGCAAAAAAACCACCACCUGUAGUUAGUAUAGCUGAUGAAGUUGCAAAUCUCAGUAAGUCCAAACUCGACGAAGAAAGUGAUCAAGAUGAUGAAACUGAACUUGUUAUUGAAAUGCCAGUUGAAGAUGAUGAUAAAGAGAAAGUUGCAGAACCACAAAAAGAAUCAUCGAUGCCGAAUGAACAAAGCAACAUUUCAAGUGUAGCUUCACCUUCCAUAGAAGAGCAAGAAGUUCCAUCUCAUUUACCAAAAAGGGCUCAAGAAUUAUUUUUGCGUAUUCAGCAGCAACAACGUGCUGCACAAGAUAGUUUUAAGAAUGUAGAAGAUGAAAGCAAUGCACGUAAUACGGAUCAUAUUUUAGAAGAUUGGUAUUCAGACGAUGACGACGACGACGAUGGCGAUAAUCUAACUAUAGUGCUUUCUUCGAAAGAUGCUUCAAAAGAAGAAACUGAACCUUCUGAAAAAGACCAAAAUACUAAUAUCAAAGAACAAUUUCAAUCAGCAUCUCCUGCACCUAGUAUACCUCAGCCAGCAGCUAUUGUUGACAAACUUGGAGAUUUAAGUAAAAUUGAUAUUAGUGCAGAAGUAUCGAAAUUGUUAUCAACUCUUAAGGCACAGAGUUCAACAAAUGGUAAAACUUUGCAAACUCAUCAGAAUAGCAACAUAAACACUCAAGAAUCUUUAGUUUCAAAAUUGAAAUCUGCACAAGAUAUAAAUAACGCUGAUUAUAACCUUGUUACUAAAGUAACUAAUAAUUCUACAUUUAAUGUUUCAAGUCAAAUUUCUAAAAUGGAAAAUGAAACAUCCAGUCCUAGGUCGUCACCUGGUACAAGUUCAACGGUAGCUCCUGUGUCUAGAGAUCCUCGAAUGUCCAGAGAUCCUCGGCAACGUCGAGAUGAACAGAAACCAAGCAGUCCAAGCAGAAUAGAUCCUAAAAAAGAAACGAAACACCUUAGGUUGGAAACAAGUAUCUAUAGCUCUGGUAUUACUGCAGUAGAUACAAACAUGGAUAUAGAUCUUAGAACUAGAGCAGAUCAAGAUCUUAGAAGAAAAGAUAUGGAUUUCAGGCAACGUUUUCAAACUGGAUUUGGAGAUACAGAUCUUAGAGUAGUUGGUGCAGGAUUUACAGAUACAUCUACUAAAUCGGAUGUUGAUCUGCGACAAAUGUUAAGUUUACCAUUCAAACCAGCUCCUUCGCAUAUCCCAUGCACUGAAAUAGAUGCAAGCUACAAUUCCCAUCCUCCAAUGACUUAUAAAGUAUAUGUUGUUGACAUACCAAGGCCUGAUUAUACAGGCUUAAAGCUUACAAAGAAUGAUCCACAAGUAAAGUACGAUCCUCGUCUUAGAAAAAUUUUCCGUGUUAGUAAAUCUGAAAUAGCUGAUUCUCCUAUGUCUCCACCACCAAUAAAACCAGACACGCCAAAAUCACCUCCUCAAAUUCGAUCUGAUCCACGAAGAAAAGCGCUCGAAGCUUCUAAUCAAUCCUCACAAAAUGUCAGUGCUUCCAUGAUACAAGGUGCUCCGCAACAACCUAUGGAAAUACCUAGUAUGGCUCUUGGUCCCCCUGGUAUCUCUGUUACACCAAAUAUGUCAGGAUCACAAAAUAUGAUGGCCAUGUCACAAAACCCAAUGCUUGGAAGUAUGGGACCCAUGGGUCCUAUGAUGAAUCCUUCCAUGGGUCCACAAAAUAUGCCUCCAAUGAGUAUGACCAGUAUGGCAAACAUGCCACCAACAAUGAAUAUGAAUGGACCAGUUAUGUCACAAAAUCAAAUGAACUACGAUCCACGUUACAAUGCACAACGCAAUAAUGGAGCUGGACUCUUAGGCCCUGCUCCUGGUGUAGGUUUUGGACCUGAUGUUGCUCCUACUUAUGAUGGACCUCCUCCAUAUUCUGGUAGUAAUUUUAAUAAUUUUGGCCCAAACUCUGGCCCCGCAGAUCCUAGCUUAAUGGGCUUCAAUCCAAAUGGGCCAAAUCCUUCAAAUUUUGUCAUGGAUAAUGGUCCUGAUUGGAAUGGCGCAAGUCAGAGUAGACGUGGUGGUCGUGUGAGGAGAAGAAAUCGUAACAGGACCAAUGCUGUGACCAAUAAUUGAUGCAAUAAAUCAUACAAAAAUAGCUCAUCCAUUGUGUAGGUACAUAACUUAAGUACCUGAUAAUAAUUCUCAUUAUACUCAUAUAAUAUGAUUAUUAAGGUAUGACAUACAUUGCUGAAUAAUGCAAUGAGCUAUAUGAUUUGCUUGAAUUAUUUUAUUGUGUCAACUGUACAAAUGUUUGACAGUAGGAAUUGUCUUUAAAUAAUAAUAAUUAGUAUAUAAAAUUGAAUACACAUUGGCAGUGUGUAUAUGUAGUACUGAUAAUUGCACUGUCUUGUGUUUUACUCUUAAGACUAAGUGAAUAUAGAGUAAACACAAUACGGAACAAACAAAAUUGGAAAACAUUGUUUUUGAUAAUACAGAUAAGUAAAUUUUAAGGGAAAUCUGUAUAUAUCAUGUAUUUAUGAUUCAUUCAAAAAGACAUUUAGUAAUUAAGAUACGCAGAAUAGAAGAAUAUUAGAUUGUACUCUAAUUGAUUUAUAUUUUUGUUAUGUCUUCCAAUAUAAAAAUACAUAUACACACUUACGCGCGUACCGUACAUAUGAUGUAUUUCAUUAAAAAUAUUUAAUAUGCCAUCUUUGCUUUUUGAUUAUACAAAAGUUAAUUAUAAAUGCACCAUCCAAAAUUUUAACAUCUGAUUUAUUAAAAAAACAUUAUGUUCUUUACAUGAUUUUUUUCUUACUUUUGUAGGACUAA